AUGGAUAAUUCUCUUCAUUUAUCGCCCAGCUAUAUCGCAUCACUGGAUCCUUAUAUACCAUCAAGCGCUGCACAGAAAUUAUGCCCAAGAACCGCUCCUCAUGUCACCCUUACCUAUGCCGCUUCGCUUGAUAGUCGCAUUGCUCUUGCUCCUGGUCUACAGACUGUUCUCUCCGGACCUGAAACAAAAGCCAUGACUCACUAUCUUCGUGCACGUCACGAUGCAAUUCUUGUCGGAGCUACGACCGCUUUAAUUGAUAACCCUCGCCUGAAUAGUCGAUGGGAAGGGGCUGGUGGUGGACUUGUCUCUCAACCUCGGCCUAUCAUUCUAGAUCCUUCAGGUCGCUGGCUAGGCAAGUGGGAUGGCCAAGAAAAUCUCUCGCGGCUCGUGCGGGAAGGGAAAGGGCUUGCACCGUUGGCCGUGGUGGAUGAGGCCAUUGCUUUAGAUCUCGAAAGGCUUGCACGUUUCACCGAGCAAGGCGGCCAGUUGUUGAGCUUAUCAGGUUACAAAGAAAGUUCUGGAGGUGUAGACUGGAUGACCAUCUUGUCAAAGCUGAAUGAAUUGGGAAUUAAAAGUAUUAUGGUGGAAGGAGGCGCCACUGUUAUCAAUGAUAUUCUUAAGCAAAAGAACCGUCAUCUCCUCACCAGUGUCAUCGUUACUAUUGCACCGAUCUUUAUGGGUGCUGGAGGAGUUACGGUAUCGCCCACUACACAAAAUGAAUGCGAACCAGUAUGUCGGUUGGAAAAUGUAACAUGGAUACCGAUGGGCAAAGAUGCUGUGAUGGCUGCGCUCAUAUGA